AUGGCGGUGCCGGUGGCGGAGCCGGCCCGGGCCGGACCCCGGCUGGGAAUGGCGCUGGGGCUGGCGGCGGGCGCCGGCCUCUGCCUCGGGGUGAUCUGGGCCGUGCGCCGCCGCUCCAAGGAGGCGGCGAGGCCGCCGCGCCGCGGUACGGGCGGGAUCGAGCGGCGGGGAGGCCGGUCUUGCUGUUUUUUCCUCAGGCUCCUUCAGGCACUGGAAGGAGCAGUUGGGUCACCACAGAGCCUUCACUUUUCUAGUCUGAACAAUCCCAAUUCUCCCAGCCUUUCCCUGCAGCAGAGCUGCUCCAUCCCUCUGAUCCCCUCGGUAUCCUUGCCAAAUCAAGCCUCCUAUCCCCUGCCAACAGACCCAUGGCCAGAUUUCCCUCCCGCUGGAAUCCUUUCCUGCUUGGACCUGACAGCUCCGUUGUGCUCUGGUGCAGCCCAGCCCGUGCCCGUGCGCAGAGCGCAGCUCCCGUCGGGUGAGGGUGCGCGCGAUGGAGCCGUGCCCACCCCCCUGCUGAGGCAGAACGAGCAGCUGGAGCUGCUGGAGCGCCUGGACUUUGUGCUGAAGAACGUGAUGGAGCUGAAGAAGGAGGUGGAGGAGCUGCGGAACAGCCUCCAGCACCUGGCGGUGGAGAUCGUGGGGGAAGUCAGGAAUCACCUGGAAGAAACCCAGCGUGUGACUCGCCGGAGGAAGAUCCCCUUCUUCAGGGACAGAAGUGACUCCACAGGCUCCAGCUCCAUUUAUUUCACAGCCAGCUCAGGGAACAUCAACACAGAUGAUGGAGAGAGUGAAGGGGGUUACACCACGGCCAACGCCGAGUCCGACUACGACCGGGAGUCGGAGCGGGAGAGCGAGGACGAAGUGAGCUGUGACACAGUGAGGACAGUGCGCAGGGACUCCCUGGAUCUGGUCCCUGAGGAUGAAAACCCUCUGCUCGUGGAUUCCUUGCUGGAGGAGGGGCUGGGGCAGCUCCUGGAGCAGGCUGACCGCCUGCACAGCGGGGAUGAGCAGGACAGGAGAGAAGGAUUCCAGUUACUCCUCAACAACAAGCUGGCGUACGCGGGGCAGCGGGAAUUCCUGUGGCGCCUGGCGCGGGCGCACUGUGACAUGUGGGAGCUGACGGAGGACGCGGAGGAGAGGAGAUCCUACGCCACCGGGGGGAAGGAAGAGCUGGAACUCGCCUUGCAGAAAUGGGAUCAAAGUGCUGAGUGCCACCAGUGGUUUGCCAUCCUUUGUGGGCGGGUUUCAGAACAGGAGAGCAUUCCCAAACGCAUCCAGGCUGGAUAUGUUUUCAAGGAGCACAUUGAUAAAGCCAUUGCCCUGAAGCCACAGGACCCACAGCUCUAUUAUCUCCUGGGCAGGUGGUGUUACCAGGUUGCCCACCUGGGCUGGCUGGAGAAGAGGACGGUGUCAGCGCUGUUCGAGGCCCCUCCCACAGCCACGGUGCAGGACGCGCUCCAGAACUUCCUGCGGGUCGAGGAGCUGAGCCCAGGGUUUUCCAAAGCAGGAAGAGUUUACAUUGCCAAGUGCUACAGGGACCUUGGGAAUGCCUCAGCAGCCUUGCUGUGGAUGGACCUCGCCUCAGAGCUGCCAGGGAACACCAAAGAGGAUGCAGAAAGUGAGAAGGAGCUUCAGGAGAUGCGCUCAGUCUGGGAGGAAUAAUUUUGGAAACACUCAUCCCACUGCAGAGACAGUAAAAUUCCAAAUGGAUUUCACUAUCCUGACAAUUCCAAGCACACUUCAUGGACAAGGAACAAGAGGUUACAGGAAAACACCCAGCAGCACAUCCAGGAAAACAUCUUGGAAUGAAUGGGAUAAAAUCGUGGUUUAUUUUCC